AUGCGAGACGACAUCUUCAAACGGUUGACAUUCGGAAUCAAGAGAACUCCGAGACAACUAGCUGUGGUAAGUUUCAAUACCAGUAGCUACCCCUUUAGCACGCGGAGAUUCUUUGAUAUUGAAAUCCAUCAACUUCGACGUUCAAACCGAAUUUAUACAUGGGGUGAAGAUAUUCCAGAUCCUUUCAUUGACUUCACUGAUCUCAACCUGCCAUCCCAAUUAAUGAGUUCGUUGAAUGAAUUCGGUAUCGGAGAGCCGACUCCCAUUCAGAUGCAGGCUAUACCUCUCAUGAUGAUGCAUCGGGAUAUUCUGGCUAGUGCACCAACAGGAUCCGGGAAAACGUUAGCAUUCGCCAUUCCGGUACUUCUGAAUAUAUUGAAGUUGAAGAAGUUGAACAAGUACAAGGAUGGCUCCAAAUUACUCGCUAUAGUUCUUGAACCCACGAGAGAAUUGGCAUCACAGACAUAUCGUCAGUUCCUCAAGUUUGGUCAAGGUCUUCCGGUCAAAGCUGCUCUAUUCGAGACCGAAGAACUGCCUCAAAAUGUCGAUAUACUAGUUUCAACACCUAAUCAAAAUACCUCCUUUCGUCUUUUUCAUUUCCAUUGGUGGUUGAUCGUCGAUGAAAGUGAUCGCUUGUUUGAAGUUGUUGAAGGGCAGGAACGAUGUUUCCGAACUCAGCUUGCCAGUGUAUACAAAGCUUGUGAUGGAAAAUUCACUCGGAGAGCAUUUUUCACUUAUCUACUGUGGAAAUGUUGUAUUCUUUCGGAGAAAUAUCGGAUUCAGUACAUGUCCCUUUCCUUUAGAAAUUCAGCAAAUGCUAACGUGACCCAAGAAUUAGUGUUUGCCGGUUCAGAGCAAGGAAAGCUGCUUGCCAUUCGUACCCUUCUCCAAACCCAGUUUGAUCCUCCAGCCCUUAUCUUUGUGCAGAGUAAAGAACGAGCUCGCGAGUUGUUGUCUGCCUUGUCGUCAAUCACGCCACCGAUUCCUGUCGCCCUUAUUAGCAGCGAAAAGUCUCAAAGCGAGAGAGAUCACGCCAUUGAGUCUUUCCGAUCAGGACGGUUGUGGGUGCUCAUUAGUACGGAAUUGAUGGGUCGCGGUCUAGACCUUCGCAAUGUAAACCUCGUGAUUAAUUUCGACUUACCAACUUCAAUUGUGAGCUACAUUCACAGAAUAGGUCGAACCGGCAGGGCUGGUCGCCGUGGACGUGCCAUCACAUAUUUUACCGAAUCGGACACAAAGUACUUGAGAUCGAUCGCCACAGUAAUCCAUCAGGCUGGAUUUGAAGUUCCCGAGUAUACGCUGAGUUUGAAGCCUCUAAGUAGAAACGAAAAGAAGCAACUUGUGCGCCAUGCUCCAAAACGAAAGCACAUAGCGUUUGUGAAAAAGAAGAAAAAGAAGAAUCUCCAAGCUGAAAAGUCUUCUAAUCAGUCGGACGAACCGGCUGAGAAGAAGGCGAAGGUUGACAAAGUUGGAAAGGAAUCGAUUACAGAAAAGGCGGUUUUGGGUAAUAUCGGUAAGAUGAAGAAGAAGAAAAUUGGAAAAGUCGAAAAAGUAACGAAGGGAGCAGUUUCGAAAGGAAUCGCAAAUGAGGUACCACCCGGACAAGUUCCCAAGAAAAAAGCAAAGAAAUCAUCGAAAAACGAUAAGCAGUAA